GAGGAAAUCCCACAAGUUCACUAUUAUAUAUUGGUUGUGUUUUAUAAGGUUCAUGUUCGCUCCAACUUGCAACCCAAAUUAAAAGAAAUAUUGGUUGUGUUUUCUAUAAACACGUGCUAAAAUGAUUUGCAGGCUAGGGAUAAGAACGAUCUGAAGUUAUAAGUACGGCUGUGAUCAAAACACGUUUUACAUAAAAUUAAAAGAGCCGACAAAACAUGUUUCCGUUGUUGACCACUGUGAUAACUGGUAACAUAAAUAAGAGCGAUGUAUGUAUAUGUGGAUAGAGAUCUAGAUAAGAGCUACUGUUGAAAUUUAGCGACAUCUCACCACCUAGAUCGCCGGAAGAAAGAAGAAUGGGGCGGAGGAAGCUCGAAAUAAAGCGGAUCGAAGACAAGAGUAGCAGGUUAGUCACUUUCUCCAAGAGGAGAUCAGGGUUGUUUAAGAAAGCUCGCCAUCUUUCCGUCCUCUGCGACGCCGAUGUCGCCGUCAUCGUCUUCUCCGCAAGAGGGAAGCUCUAUGAGUUUUCUAGCGGCAGUAGUAACAGCUGCAUAUAUUUCAGCGUGCAACGUACUCUUUCCAGAUAUCAGAAAAGAUGUUCUGAAGAAAAAGAGAUAAACACCAACGGAGUGGGAGAAGAUUUAUGCAAAAGAUUUCGAACAUGUAAAGAACUUCUACAGACAGUGGACAGGCUUGCUGAAUUACAGGAUAAUGCUGAGGAACUCUCUGUGAAUGACAUGAUACAACUAGAACAAGAACUUGAUUGUGCUCUCAUGCAAACACGAUUAAGAAAGGCACAACUAAUGAUGGAGUACAUAUCAACCCUUAAAGAAAAGGAAAGUAAGCUACGUGAAGAAAACGAAAAAUUGGAAAAGCAGGUUGCCUCAACACAGGGAAAUGAUGUUGAUGAUGGAGGUGGUGGUCUUAACGAACUUGCUACUAACCAGAUCAACCCACCCAAACUUACAACACUCCCUCUUUUUAAUGGCUAAGAUCUGUGAUCAAAAGGGCCAAUAAUCCAACUGUCAUUUUAUGGUUGUGAAAGAAGCCUCAUCUGCCUUGUGUUUAUGUAAUCUUUUUGUGUAUACGUGUGGUUUUAUGGUUUCUUGCUUUUUUUUAAUGAUUCAGUUUAGCCACUCAAAACAAGCUACAUAGCGCUGACUUACAUCAUUGUUAGGUGGAGUACUUUAAAAAUGUUAUUCUAUAACUUAUUCAAGAUUCAUUUAA